AUGGGAGGUAACGUCUCAUGCGGCCCGCGCCGCCGCAGCCGCCGCCGGGUCCCGGAGCCAGAGGCCGCCCGAGCCGGAGCGCGAUGGAGCGAGGGCCCCAGGCGGGGAGGCGCGGCCGAGCGCGCGACCCGACGCCCCCUCAGUGAGCGCCCGACCGCCGCGGCGCAGCCCGAGGGCGGGCUCGCCUCUGCCCGCCUCGCCGCCGCGCCGGCGCUCGGAGCCCGCGCCGCCUUCCCGCUCGGGCCGCGGGCCGGGGACGGCCCGGGGCUGCAUGGCCUCGCCCGCGCGCCGCCGCUGAGCCCUGGGCCGGAGCCGGAGCCGGAGCCGACGGGGUUGUGGUUUGGGAGGCAGAUGACCACAGAGGAGAAGUGCCUGCUCAUCAUGUCCAGUCGGGGUGCUGGCUGGCCCCGCGGCCGCCUGGGUGAGGAAUGCCUGCAGUCCUGUCGGGGUGGAAGCGUCUCCAGGCUUCCAUUUUCCGAAGCGUUCAUUGCAUCAUGUGAGAACGUCUGAAGCGUUUGUUUUGCUUGAUGUCAUCCAUGCUGUCAAGACUAUUAUUUUCUUAAAUGAACGUUUUGUCACUGGGAAAAGGAUCUGCUUUCUCCACCCACCAGAGGUAAGAGGUAAACUGUUUCAGGUCACGACUUGCAGUUUUAUCUCUAUUAUUUGUGUCCUGAAGUUCUUUUAGAAAUACUGUUCCCUGGCAGGUACCUUUUGGGAUAAGUGUCAGCAGCUCUGAGCCGCCCCCCACCCCCCGUGAAUUGCAGCCCUCCUUCUGGGGGGGUCCAUCUAGACUAGAGACCAUGGUCUCAGAAAGCCUCGCCCUGCCCGGGAGCUGUGCUGUGCUGUCACAGCCCAGAAGAGAGGCUGGUCUGCGAGCGUCCAGAGUGGCUGUGUGUGGCUGUGACCUCUUGGCCAGGCCUUCCUGGGGUGGAGGGUGGAGUGGCUGCCUGGCACGCUGCGUCUGGGGAACCGGCUGUGCGGCUGUGAUGAGGCGGACAGGCUCCGUGGACCGUCCUGCUCGUCACACUGUUAACAGCGCGACGCACUGCUUUGCUAUACAGCAGACGUUAACACAACGUUGUGAAUCAACUACAGUUGAAUAAAGUUUUAAAAAAAUGUGACUUUCUGAGGCUUUCCUAGUGGUGCAGCAGUUAAGAAUCCGCCUGCCAAUGCAGGGGACACGGGUUCGAGUCCUGGUCUGGGAAGAUCCCACAUGCCGCGGAGCUGCUAAGCCUGUGCUCCACAACUACUGAGCCUGUGCUCUAGAGCCCACGAGCCACAACUACGGAGCCCACGUGCCACAACUACUGAAGCCUGCUCUCCUAGAGCCCGUGCUCCACAACAAGAGAAGCCACCACAAUGAGAAUCCCACGCACGGCAGCAAAGACCCAACGCGGCCAAAACUAAAUAAACAAAUUUAUUAAAAAAAAAAAAAAAGUCCCACAUUAUGUUUUCCAAUCAGUAAGGGCUUUACUUCAACAACUAUAAUCCGAGAAAUAGGAGAG